AACCGGACCGCGCCUGCGCGCCCAGCCCCACUCCUUCGACCUCUGCCGCCGCCGCUGCCGCCGCCGCCGCCGCCUCCUGGGAAGAAAGCGGGAGAGGAGCCCCCGUCGCCCGCCACCUAGUCUCCAGCCGCGCCGCCCCAGGAGUGUAAGAUGUUCGCCUGCGCCAAGCUCGCCUGCAGCCCCGCUCUGAUCCGAGCUGGAUCCAGAGUUGCAUACAGACCAAUUUCUGCAUCAGUGUUAUCUCGACCAGAGGCUAGGACUGGAGAGGGCUCUACAGUAUUUAAUGGGGCCCAGAAUGGAGUGCCUCAGCUAAUCCAAAGGGAGUUUCAGACCAGUGCAAUCAGCAGAGACAUUGAUACUGCUGCCAAAUUUAUUGGUGCAGGUGCUGCAACAGUAGGAGUGGCUGGUUCUGGUGCUGGUAUUGGAACAGUCUUUGGCAGCCUUAUCAUUGGUUAUGCCAGAAACCCUUCGCUGAAGCAGCAGCUGUUCUCAUAUGCUAUCCUGGGAUUUGCCUUAUCUGAAGCUAUGGGUCUCUUUUGUUUGAUGGUUGCUUUCUUGAUUUUGUUUGCCAUGUAACAGAAAUUACUGCUUGAAAUGUUGGCAUUCAUAUUAAUUACGGAUGUAAUUCUGUGUACCUUACUGUGACUCCGAGCACUGUAGUAUUGGUGUCAUGGAAAUAGACAUUAUUUCCAAAGUCAUUUCAUUAAAGAUGAAAACUUUAA